AAACAAUAAAAUGAAUCACGUGCUUGUAAAUUGCACCGCCUCUUUUACGAGUUGGAUCCACUGGCCCUAAAGCUUAGUUCUCCCUGAAUCUAAUACGCUGGGGUGGCGCAGCCAUAUUUAGGUGUAUCACGGUACAUUUCCGGGGUGAUUCCGAACCCUGAUAAUCUUAUUAUUGAGCGGUAGCCACAUGUACCAGGAUACAUGUACUUAUCGCCGUAGCAGUUUCAAAGGUUAUCACACACAGUAACAACGUUUGAUGGCCCGUUCCUUUCAGCAGCUGGAGCCCGACCGCCUGCUCUAACAAUUGAUACCUACAGAAGAAAACCGAAACCGUGACAACGGGCGAGCUUUUCGAGAGGAUCCUACAGCCAUUCCCGUCCCGCCUUUAACCCUCACAAUCUAGCGCCGACUUCGACCUUUGUAGUUGCCUUUGCAAAGAUCUCACGACCUAAUUAUUAUCUUUUGUCUCGUCUCGACGCAUUCUCCCUAACACGACUGCAACCUCCUAACCGCAAAUCCAUCGCCCAACAUGGCUAACGACGAAUACGAUUUCCUCUUCAAAGUGGUGCUGAUUGGAGAUUCCGGCGUCGGAAAGUCCAACCUACUUAGUCGAUUCACCCGAAACGAGUUCAACCUUGAUUCUAAGUCGACAAUUGGUGUCGAGUUCGCGACCCGAUCCAUCCAAGUCGAUUCUAAGACGAUCAAGGCGCAGAUUUGGGAUACUGCAGGCCAGGAACGAUAUCGCGCCAUCACUUCUGCAUACUACCGAGGAGCAGUUGGCGCACUCCUUGUCUAUGACAUCAGCAAGCACCAGACCUACGAGAAUGUUACAAGAUGGCUAAAGGAACUUCGAGACCACGCCGACGCCAACAUUGUCAUCAUGCUGGUUGGAAACAAGAGCGAUUUGCGGCAUCUACGAGCUGUUCCCACAGAGGAAGCCAAGUCGUUUGCUAGCGAAAACCACCUUUCUUUCAUAGAAACUUCCGCUCUCGAUGCCAGCAACGUUGAGCUCGCUUUCCAGAAUAUCCUUACCGAAAUUUACCGCAUCGUUUCGAGCAAGGCGUUGGAUAGUGGCGAGGGUGCCCAAGCCCCGAUGGCAGGCACCAACAUUUCUUUGAGCAAGUCUCCCGACGAUGCCGCAAAGCAGGGUGGAAAGUGCUGUUAAACAAGCACAACACUGCGAGAUGAUGCGACGGUUUAUACGACGGCUGGUAUGAUGUUACGUAUAUGGCGUCACAUAUUGUCCGGAGGGAUGGCUCUGCGGUAGAGUGAUGCGUCAUGGGGUAACGGAAUAUUGACCUUACACAGGACAUGGCUCUCUUGAUGUUUUUUUAUUUCUCGUUUCUCAUUGAUGUUGGUGGCCGUACCUUGAGAUUUGACAGCUGGAGGUCACUAACAUGUCUAAUCUACCUUACACUCGACGUAGUUGCCGAAUGCUACCUAUCUUUUCUUGCCUGUACCUAUGAGGAAUAAGUUUUCCAAUAUCCGUUCGUGUGCUCUCAAUUAUUGGAAAAAUGGCUUUCCAUCGACCCCUGGAUUUGGUAAUAAUCUACGUGGCUUCGUUGUAGCGACGGACUACAUUAAUAUGCUAACUUCCUUGACAUUUCAUGCUAUAGCUACUCAUAUCUAAAAGGGAUUCUCAUUGGAUCUUUUAAAAUUUUGGUAGUAGUAGUCGAACGAAGAGCAUUGAGGAAAACUAUGAAUUAAAUACUCUGUUUGCAUAAUUAUUAUACAGAAUGUCU